AUGUCAGGUCGCAAAGAUGGGGGUGACUCCUCCAGCGACUCUGCGGCGGAAGACAGAAAGAGGUCAAGAGAAGAGCUCGUGGCCCUGAGGACGCAAGUUAGCUCGCUGACGGAUCAGAUGAGCCAGCUAAUGUCGCUAGUGGAAGAUACCAUGAAGGCAAGCAAGAAGGAGGAGCCAGCUGGCACCAUGGAGGGUGCCGCUGAUCGCGGCGAUGCUAGGGAGAGCGCCGCCGCGGAGUCCACGAACGCCGAAGGAGGGGCACCGUGGACCGGGAGUGCGCAGGACGGGAGGUACCUGCGCGAACCUCCGCUGCUCACAACCAAGAUUAUAGUAGUGCCAUGGGAGAUGGUGGUGCUGCUGUUGGCUUUGGAUACGGAGCCACAACCCCAGCGACGGGGUACCAAUGUGUGCGGUACACUUCUGCUCUGUUCAGCGGCAAAUCGAAAGAUUUCAACGAAUGAUUUCCGCAUGGCAGCUAAUGGGGCAAACCUGUUGGAACAAUUUGAAGAGAGCGGGAGCUUGAAGAUCCCCGUCAACAGCGGAAAGAGCAAGUUUUCGCUGUCACGGCAGUACCGGAGCGAGCAAGUAAAGCACGCAUUCCACGCGUGGAACUUCCUGUCUCACGCGUUGAAAGAAAAAGAUCGGAAAAUCAUGAAGAGGGCAGAGACGCCCCAGGGAGCUCUUCGUGAGCUCAAGACCAUACACGACCCUGAAUCAUCUGUACAGCCGUCUGAGAACCUCAAGUCCCUGACGUCGACCAAGAUCUCUAGAGGUGAAAACCGCCAAAACGCCCGAAAUGAGGUGCUCCAAACCGCAAAGUCUUUGUCCGAGGAAGGACUAACUGUCAACGAAACGUUCGUCCUUCACCUCUUCCUGGAUGCCCUUUCGGACGAGUAUGCCAUGACAAAGCACAACCUGCGACACGCGAAGGAGUUGACGCCGACCGGUGUGCUAAAGGAAGUAAUGAUCGAAUACAUGGCGAUCAAGGACAAGCUGGAGCAGGGGAAAGGAAAAGGGGCGAAGGGCGCAGAGCAAGCGUACUUCGCCGACGGUGAGGGCCGCAGGGAGCGGUACUCAAGUAGGAGUCAGGGGCAAGGUCGUGGUCGUGGCGGCGGCCGUGGCCGCAGCAGCAGUCGUGGCCGCGGCGGAGGUGGUCGCGGCGGCGGCGGCGGCGGUCGCGGCGGCCGCUCAGGCGGCUCCGGAGGAAUCGGGGAGAGCAAGGGAAGCAGCAGUGGAGGCGCCGAUGGCGGCGGUGGCGGGCACUAUAAGUUCCCGGGCCGGUGCUUUAGGUGUGGACAUCGUGGACAUCAAGCGAUCGGCUGCACUACCAACGAGAAGGACUUCGUGCCGUGGUGUGCGCGCUGCGAGGGGUGGGGCCACACCAAAGAAAAGUGCGCGACGGAGGAGGCCGUCCUAGCGCAAGUGGUGGAGCAUGGGAGCGACGUGGACUCCGUGGAAGACCAGGCGUUUUGUGCCGUGGCAGUCCCCCCAGGCGAGUGUGGUACCGUUGGUGAAGUAGGUCUAGUGGGGGUUGUGGAACAAGGCCAGGCGGUGUACGUGGCCGACACAGCGGCCACGUGCUCCAUGUUCCGAUGUGCAGACAACUUCGUGAACUACCGUGAGCGUAGCGGUUGGGUGAAGGGGAUCGGAGGCGACAAGGCCCCCGUUCCUCUUCUAGGAUACGGAGAUGUGACCUUAGUCCUACAGACGGAAGAUGGUGGAGUACCCGCACCAGUACUGAAUGCUGCCUAUGUACCAGAGGCCCCCUACAACCUCCUCUCGCUGUCUUCAUUGGCGGAGGAGGGCCGCACGUAUUCGGGGAUGAAUGGGGGCCUCACGCUGACCACGAAUGCCGGGGUGGAGGUGUGGUUCCCCCGGACUGGAAAGCUGCUGACCCAACGAGGCUAUCAAAUA